AUGGCCGCCCGCCCGAGUCCCAGCAGCACAAGCCCCUCGAACUUGUCCAACAGCCCAUUCCCCCACGGCUCUCACGGCUCUCACAGCAGCUCCACGUCGUCGUCGCCGCCAAAGCCGUUUGCAUCGCACAACACCAUGACGGCCGACGUAUUCGCACCAUCCAUGUACGCCAUGCCGGGCGCCGUCGGAGAGCGCAGGCCUCUCGAGAAGGGCCCCACGAACAACGCGCGUUACUCUAUUCUAUUGCGCAGGCUUCCGAGCAGCAGCGAUCGCGAUGCCGUGCGCAACAUUCUGCUAUUCGCAAAAGACCUCAUCGACUGCGAAAUCCUCCCACCACCCAGGAAUGCCGACGACAAGGGUUUCGCCUCUGCCAUUGCGCACUUUCAGACGCUCGAAGGCGCAAAAGAAGCGCGUCAGCUCCUCGACGGAAAGCGCAAUGCCACCAACGAUGCGACGCUGGUCGUCGAGUUGACUCAGGACGCUUCGCCUGGCGCAAUCGGCUCGCGCCGCAACACAGUUGACAGCACACCUGCGCGGCAAGCGACAGGCAACGGCGUCAUGACCGGCGCUACAACCAACGCCCGACAAUCAUCGCGAUACAACGGCACCUUCCAAAACAUGGAGAACAUGUCCCCACCCAACGGGACCCCAGGUCUUGGCAACGGAGAGUUCCCGGUCAACAACCUUUUCUCGCCGACAUCCCCCGUCAACACCUCUUUCACGAGCCGCAAUCUGGGCAAGUCAGUAAUCAAUGAAGACGCUGACGAUGAUGACGGCUUGCUCAACGAGUCAAUUGGAUACGCCACGGGCGGUCCGCCAAUGCACUCCGGCAUGCAGCGUCGCGCAACGAACCCUCACACCCCUUCUAUUCCUAUCCAGCGCUUCGGAUCUCUUUCCUUGAACACAAACGGAGUGCCGAAUGCCACAUCCCCACCUCUAUCUAACUUUGCUUCUCCACGCUCCGGAUCCAAUAUGCAGUCGCCUGGUCCGGCCUUAUCAGCCUUGUCACCACACAGCAUUCCAUCCGCCUUGAGCAGUGGUCCCAAUACUGGCUACCAGCAAUACACGCAGCACUUUGCGCGGCCAACAUACCCUCCAGUGAAUCCUGCUGAUCAGAACCCCCCAUGCAACACUCUCUACGUGGGUAAUCUCCCCAUGGACACGUCCGAAGACGAACUCAAGGCUGUCUUUUCUAAGCAGCGCGGGUACAAGCGACUUUGUUUCCGUACCAAGCAAAACGGUCCCAUGUGCUUUGUCGAGUUUGAGGACACGUCGUUUGCUACCAAGGCUCUCAACGAGCUUUAUGGAUAUAUGCUUCACAACAGCGUCAAGGGAGGCAUUCGCUUGAGCUUCUCUAAGAACCCCUUGGGUGUUCGCAGUGGCCAGAACUCAGCAAUGGGCCCGCAAUCUGCCAUUGCCCCAUCCACCCCUCUCUCGGGUUUCGGUAGUAGUGCCGCAGGUCCCCCAGGCUUCUCUACGGCCACUGGACCACCACCAGGAUUGUCCGUUCCUCCAGGCCUAUCGACUCCUGUGCACACCAACAAUAGUUCCGGUUUUGGCAUGUAUUCCAACGGUGGCUUCGGGAUGAGCCAUAACGACAUGGCCGGUGCUAUGCGCCAGCCACUCGCAUCCAGUGGUGCCGGGAACGGCUUCUCGGGCUAUUCUACCUACAUGAUGGGGCGCUAG